UCCACAAACUUUCCCGCACUCGAAACCCUUUAUAUAUUACCGGAGCCACCCGAUCCAGACACGGCACCACCGGUAGCAAUUUCGCAAGCUAAAGUCUAAACACAUUCUCCGAUCCUCUAGUUUCUCUAAUGGCUCGUACCAAGCAGACCGCUCGUAAGUCGACCGGUGGAAAGGCUCCCCGGAAGCAGUUGGCAACCAAAGCCGCCAGGAAAUCCGCUCCGGCAACCGGAGGAGUGAAGAAGCCCCACCGUUUUCGCCCAGGAACGGUUGCUCUGAGGGAGAUCCGGAAGUACCAGAAAUCUACAGAGCUUUUGAUCCGAAAGCUCCCCUUCCAGAGACUUGUUCGGGAAAUCGCCCAGGAUUUCAAGACCGAUCUGAGGUUCCAGAGCAGCGCUGUGUCGGCUCUCCAAGAGGCGGCGGAGGCUUACCUAGUUGGACUCUUUGAGGACACAAACCUUUGUGCAAUUCAUGCUAAGAGGGUUACCAUUAUGCCCAAGGAUAUGCAGCUGGCCAGGAGGAUUCGCGGAGAGAGGGCCUAAUCUUGAGCUUUGAAGUCUAAUUUUAUGAUCUGCUAGGGUUUUGUUACGGUUUGUGGCUUGGUUUGCAAGGUGGUAGUAUAAAAAUCAUGUAAAUCUAGUUUAUUUGUGCUGGUAACCAACCACCAAGACAGUGUCUGUUCGAAAUCUAAUUUAUCUAAGCAAUGCAAUUUGCCUCUCGGUUACUUCUCUAUAUUUCUCCAUCAAUGAUUGUAGUCCUUAACUUUGCUUACAAAUUGAUUAUGCAAUUGUUGUAAUUUUCUAUUAAAUGUUUCCCUAGUAAGAACUUUAGAUGUUGAUGUCUGAAAAUGUGAUUCUCUUGAACCCAGGUCAUGGAAUCUGAAGUAACUGAAAUUUCAUCAAUUCAUGAUAAGAAUAGAAUUUCAAGUUUACAUUUUGCUUGCUGG